AUGGUGUCGGGCAGCGGAGUGGUGAAGCAGACCAUUGUGGUCGACGCGCGUCACCACAUGCUGGGGCGCCUCGCGUCCAUCGUUGCUAAGGAGCUCCUUAACGGCCAGCAUGUGGUGGUGGUGCGGUGCGAGGACAUCUGCCUGUCGGGCGGGCUUGUGCGCCAGAAGAUGAAGUACCUCCGCUUCCUGCGCAAGCGCAUGAACACCAAGCCCUCCAAGGGCCCCUUCCACUUCCGCGCGCCCUCCAAGAUCUUCUGGCGCACUCUCCGCGGCAUGAUUCCCCACAAGAUUCCCCGCGGCGCCGCUGCUCUGGACCGCCUGAAGGCGUUCGAGGGCAUUCCCGCGCCCUACGACAAGAUGAAGCGAGUCGUCAUCCCCGACGCGCUCAAGGUGCUGCGGUUGAAGCCUGGGCACAAGUUCUGUCUGUUGGGUCACCUUGCCCAUGAGGUUGGCUGGCAUUACUGGGAUGUUGUCAAGGAGCUGGAGGCCAAGCGUAAGGCCGAUGCCGUGGAGUAUUACAAGGAGAAGAAGGCGACUAUUAAGGCGCGCGCAGAUGCUGUUAAGAGUGUGUUGGCGGCUGAUGCUGACCUUAGUGCCACGUUGGCAGCUCGCAUCCUCCGCGGGCACGGCCCUCCGCCACUCGCGGAGAUCUCCGCGCUGGAGUGGCUCCGCCGCGUGCUGCGCUGCACGGAGCAGGACGUGGUGCACUCCGCGGGGCUGGAUGCGGCGGUGUAUCUGCGCGUGCAGCGCAUGUGUCUGAUGAUCGUGCUGUGGCACGCCGCGUACUGCCUCCCCGUGCUCAUUCCGCUCUGCGCCACGGGCGGGUUUUAUGCCUCCUUCAACGCGGGGCGGCCUCCGGCGGAGCAGAUCCAGUUCUCCGCGCUGGACGCUAUUGCGAUGGGGAAUGUGCCCGUGAGUGCUGCUUGA